AAUAAUAAAACAGAAAAACAAUAACCCGCAAUGUUUACAGAUGCUGAUACAUAGUACUGUGGUAAGCUGAACGAGGUGUAUGCGAGGUUAAAAUAAGGCAAUACAACAAGUUGAACAACAUGAAUUUUUCUGAGUUGUUCAAGCAAACUCAAUCGCUUGUGAGGUUUUCACCAGAUGGAAACUACCUUGCCAACUGUGUUUCAUACAAAGUUAUCAUCCGAGCAGUCGACACACUACAAAUUCUACGUCUUUAUACAUGCAUGGACGCAGUGCAGAGUCUGGAAUGGUCAUCUGAUUCACAGUUUUUACUCUGUGCCAUGUACAAGCGAGGUCUCGUACAAAUAUGGUCAGUUGAGCAACCAGACUGGACAUGUAAAAUAGAUGAAGGAUCUGCUGGUUUGAUUCACGCACAGUGGAGUCCAGAUGGUCGUCACGUUUUAACAACUGCGAGUUUUAAUCUCAGGAUCACAGUAUGGUCCCUUGUCAACAAGUCAAUAUCUUAUAUCCGGUUUAUAAAGAAUUCAAAAGAUUGCUUAAGUUUUUCUGCCUCUGGAAAGUAUCUCGCUGUUGGAGAGUGCAGGAAAUGUAAAGAUUACAUCAGUAUUUUUGAUGUUGAAUCAUGGCAGUUGCUGAAGCUGUUUGAAACUGAUACUGAAGACUUGAGUGGUAUUAAAUGGUCCCCUGACAGCCGUGUAAUUUGUGCGUGGGAGCAUUGCUUGUGGUACAAAAUACUCAUAUAUACAAUGGAUGGUCGUUGUCUCAGCACUUUCAAGGCGUACGACUGGGCACUUGGUGUCAAACGUGUCGAAUGGUCACCAGCGAGCCAGUUUUUAGCUGUUGGAAGUUAUGAUCAAAAGGUUAGAGUGUUGAACUACAUCACAUGGAAAAGUAUAUCAGAGUUUGGUCAUUCCUCUCAUGUUCAGGGUGACAGUGUUGUUGUUUUUAAAGAAGUUAACGCAGCUGCAGCAAUCAAUGCAAUUAUGGAAAGCACAAAAAAACCAACAGAAUUAUUCGCUAGUCAAAGCAAAUAUGAAUUUUGCGAAACUCCUGUUGAAUUACCGGUCACAAAACCGGACCCUCAAAAACCAAAUCCAAAAAUUGGAGUUUCUUGGAUGGCGUUUAGUCCAGACAAUCGAUAUCUUGCAACUAUGGAUGACAGCAUGAAGUCAGCACUUCAUAUCUGGACGAUGAAAUCACUUUCACUCUAUGUUGUGAUUCAGCAGGUUGAUCCUAUUAAGUGUGCAAGAUGGAAUCCGUGUACGUGUCGUCUUGCGUUCUCGUGUGGAAACAAUAAAGUUUAUCUCUGGUCACCAUCCGGUGCCGUCUCUGUGCAAGUUCCGCUAUCCCCUCUCUUCCAUGUUCAUUCUCUCAGGUGGCAUCCGGAUGGAAAGUCCUUGGUUCUUGCAAGCAAAGAGCAAAUGUGUGUUUGUUAUUUACAAAGUUCAGAAAAAGAGAAACUAACAGAUUAAUCAGGAAAUGGCUUAGAGAUAUCGGACAUCACACUUUUGUAUCACUUUUCAAUUUUCGAUAUAGUAGAGUGGAGGAAGAUAGGACGUACUUUUAUUCUCUUUUCUCAUCCCAUUUGGUAGGAAACAAAGAACAUUUAAAACAUUUUAAAACUGUAUCUUCACGACUCCCAUAGACCGUUGUUAAAAGUACAAUCAGGAUAUUUUGAUAUUAAGGUGACCCCUCUUCCCCCACCCUACCAUUAUGUUUAAAACAUUAUCGUUUUCCUUUUGCAUUUACUUUUGUUUUGAUAUUUUUAGUAGAUAUUGUAUGCUGGUACAUUGUCCGUAAAGUUCUGUGUGCCUUUUCUAUUAUGACGUGUUUUAUUCGCAAUAUACAGUUGUGAAAAAUUA